AUGCUCAAACUCGACAGGAUAACAAGGUCCAAGUCCGCGACCAAACUCCCCGAGCACCAUGUCGCCGCGGCCGGCAGCGCCGAGGCAGCGUCGGGAUGGGCCUCGUACGUCCCGUCAUGGUCCCCUUCUCCCGGUGGCAGCCGUCCGUCGCUGAGCGAGGCCAGGGUGGCCGGUUUCCGCAAUCCCUGGCCGUCCUGGCACCGGCCGACCUUGGCCGAGACGUGGAACAGCUUCCGAUGGGGCGAGGACGGGGACGGCGACGGCUGCGUCGAGCUGGCCGCAUCCCAUCUGCCCGAUCGCGCCGACGCCGACGCCGACGAUGACCCGGCACAGCCGCAGGACCCGCCCAAGAGCAUGCGGCCUUCUUUCGCCGACGCCCGCGAAGGGCCGGACUCCGUAGGGGCCAAGGCGGCCCGCCUGCUGCGCGUAGAGACGCCCGACUUCUCGUUUCCGCCGGGCACCACGGCCAAGACGACCUGGUUGGGUCACGCUGGUGUCCUGGUCCAACUGCCACCGCUCGACGACGCCAAGCUCGGCCGUCCGGUGCGCGCCCUCUUCGACCCGUUGUUCGGGGACCGGUGCUCGCCCAGUCGGUUCGCCGGCCCGGUCCGCUCGUACCCUCCGCCGUGCCGGGUGCAGGACCUUCCCCCGAUCGACCUCGUCCUCAUCUCGCACAACCACUUCGACCACAUGGAUGCCGGCUCCAUCCUGUCCGUCUGGGACCACAGCCGGGACUCGGCCCGCUUCUUCGUGCCCCUCGGGAACGCAAAGUGUCUCCUCGGAUGGGGCAUCCCUGCCGACCGCGUCGUCGAGUUGGACUGGUGGGACUCGGCCGACUUCACAUGCGUCCACUGCACCCCGGCCCAGCACAACAGCUCCCGCUCCUUCGGCGACACCAACACGGCCCUCUGGUCGAGUUGGCUCCUCGAACUCUCCCCGGCCACCCACCAUCACCACCACCACCACCACCACCACCACCACCACCACCAUCAGCAUCACCACCGCCACCAACAGGAGCAACAACAACAACCCUACCGUGUCUUCUUCGCCGGCGACACGGGCUACCAGUUCCACCCGGACCCUUCCUGGCCGCCGUCCCCCAACAACCCGGGCGGCAGUGAAUACCACGACCACGAAGACAAGGACAAGGAGGAGGAGGAGGAGGAGGACGAGGACGAGGACGAGGAGGGAGGGCCGUCCCCGGCCUGCCCGGCCUUCGCGCAGAUCCGCGCCCGCAUCGGCGCCCCGCAGCUCCUGCUCCUCCCCGUCUCCGUCGGCGCCACCUUCUCCUACCUGCGCAGCUUCUUCGCCUCCUUUCCCCUCGGGCUCGCCUCCUCCUUCCCCUCCUCCUCCUCCUCCUCCUCCUACACCCGCUUCAACCCCUUCCCGCGCCACAGCGCCGGCGUCACCGCCGCCAACCACUUGGCCCCCUGGGACGCUGUCCGCGUCUUGCGCGCAGGUAGCGGCAGCGGCGGCGGCGAUGGCGCGGUCGCCGUUGCCAUGCACUGGGGCACGUUCGUCCCGGACCCCGAGGAGGUCCUGAGGACGCUGGGCGCCCUGGAGUGGGCCUGCCGGAAGCAGGGGGUGAGGUUCGCGAGGGAGCUGCGGAGGGGCAAGGGGCAGGCGACCGCUGAGGAUACGGGCGGUCGGGACCGGGGGCUGGUGUUUGUGGCGCUCCAUCACGGUGCCGGUGUUGUCGUGUGA